AUGUACGCCGUCCAAACAGGCGUUAAGAUUGAUGCGAAGUCAAAGGAAUCCUCGCAGUUCCUCAGUGCAUUACUAGAUAAUUUAGACGUUAUGAAAAAGGCACUGAAGGAUGAUGAACGCAUUUCGUCAGAACUUCACGGUCAAUCAUAUAUCGAGGAGUACGCACUAAAGUUAUUUACGUUUGCGUUCAAACGCGACGAAGCCGCUGACUUUGGCCCUGCCACUGUAAAAUCUUUUCUGACGGCGGGAAUAUUGAUGGAUGUGCUGUCUUUUUUUGGAGAAGUUCCUGAAGAGAUUGUAAAAGCUCGGAAGUACGCCAAAUACAAGGCCGUUUACAUAAAAAAAUGCCUUGAUAAAGGCGAAGUUCCGGUUGCGGGUCCUGCGUCUGAAGAUGAUAAAUCUGCGGUUCCCGGUAAGACGAUAAUACUUUUCCCUCUUGCAACCCUUUGA